GCUCCAUGAGUGGUCUUCUCUGAGCGGGGUGAACUCAGGCCAGAGUGCUGGAUGUCUGUGACAGACCCAUGGGUCAGAAGGACCAUGUGGAGCCAGGAGCAGGCCACAUUCUCCACUCGGGGUCGGACUUGGAGUAUCUCCAUGUAGUGGGGGCAGACCGGCAAGCUGGCAGCGCUGACGGGCCUCCUGCUAUGGAGGAGCAGGGGGCGACCUCCGACAGCACCAGUUCCCCUCUGCUGGCCCGGCUGGAAGAAAGCGGCGGGUCUGGAGGGGAGGGCGAGCCGGCGCCGUCCUCCGGCUCUGCUCACGCUGCAGGCAGGGACUCAGACGGAGGAGAGGGUACAUGUAGCAAAAACACCCACCAGCCGCUGUGCCGGACCCCGUGUGUUGACCUAGGCACCGACGGACCUCCUGAACCCCCGUUUGAACUUUCAGCUGAGGAUGACCAUGACCCGCCUGAACCUGCGCCUCCUGCGUCUGAACCAGUGUCUGAGAGCAGAGGGAAGGCCUACCAGGCCAAGCUGGACUUUGCCCUGAAGCUGGGCUACUCUGAAGAGACGGUGCACCUUGUGCUGUCCAAGCUGGGCCCCGACACCCUCAUCAACGACAUAUUGGGAGAACUGGUCAAACUGGGCAACAAGUCCGACAGCGAGCAGCCGGUCGGGAUAUUGACCUCUGCCUCAUCCACCUCCUCUUCGGCCUCCUCGUGCGGGUGCUCCGAUGUUCUGGACGGGCAGRGCUCGGACUCACCCUGCUCCUCGGAUUCGGUCUGUGACCAGGACAACCUGCGGCCGGUCGUGGUGGACGGCAGCAACGUGGCCAUGAGCCACGGCAACAAGGAGGUGUUUUCCUGUCAGGGCAUCCAGCUGGCUGUGGAUUGGUUCCAGGAGCGAGGUCAUCAAAACAUCACUGUUUUUGUUCCUGCGUGGAGGAAAGAGCAGUCCCGCCCCGACGCCCCGAUAACAGAUCAGGAGAUUUUGCGUCGCCUCGAGAAGGAAAAAAUCCUCGUCUUCACUCCCUCGCGGCGCGUCCAAGGCCGCCGCGUGGUCUGCUAUGACGACCGCUUCAUUGUCAAACUGGCGUAUGAGUCAGACGGCAUCAUCGUCUCCAAUGACAACUACAGGGACCUGGCUAACGAGAAGCCCGAGUGGAAGAAGUUCAUAGAUGAGCGUCUGCUCAUGUAUUCCUUUGUCAAUGACAAAUUCAUGCCACCAGAUGAUCCUCUGGGUCGACACGGGCCCAGUUUAGACAACUUCCUGAGAAAGAAGCCUGUUGUGCCUGAGCAGAAGAAGCAGCCCUGUCCAUAUGGGAAGAAGUGCACCUACGGCCACAAGUGUAAAUACUACCACCCUGAAAGAGGGGCUCAGCCUCAGAGAGCUGUGGCCGAUGAGCUGCGUGCCAGCGCCAAGACCUGCGUCCCCUCCAAAAAUCAGGGGGAUGCGGGACUCGUGAAGAGUCACAGUGUGCCAGCUGGCACCAUCGAAGCGAAGAAAGGCGCCCCCAAAAGACAAUCGGACCCCAGCAUCCGAGCUCUGUCGUAUAGCGACGCCGAGGAGAAGCUGCUGGCUAAAGGCCACAGGAGCAGCUUGUGUGGGAGCAGCAACAGCAGCUCCAGCGGGAGUUUAAGCCAGUCUCCGGCCCUGGCAGGACCCCCACCGGGCCUCAGCCUGCCGCAGGAUCAACAACCCAGAGCGGUGACACACCUACCAGCCCCAAGUCAUGAGCUGUACCCUCACUGCGAGUCUCCAGACAUAAGCUACUACUCUGUAACACGAGCGUACUCCGGCCUGAGCCUCACGUCCCGACGGAGCCCAGACUGCCGCUUCACGGGGGACUCGGACCUGCGGCACGGCUCAGUGGGCUCAGCGGGCUCUGAGUGUGGCAGUGAGAGUAGCGUCAGUUGCAGCAGCAGCUGCGACUCUUACACUGAGAGAUCCUGUCCUGGAUGUCCUCCAGACCCUUUACUGGAGGACAGCGUUCAUUUGGCUGCCCCCCACAGCCGCCUGUAUCCCCCCCAUGUCCCGUCCAGCCACGAGCUGUGUUCUCUGCAUGCUGCUGAGUACCAGAGUGGUCCACACGCCACCUACCACCUGACCUGUGGGCAGAGCUGCAUCCACGACCAGCCUCCACUUGAAGCUCCCUCCAAGCGACCCCUCUACCCCCUGCCCCCCCACCUCCAGCACCAGCCUCUAUCUGCCCGCUCCAGCUGCCCAGGCGACUACCACUCCCUGCCCCAGUCCAACCGCCAGCCCCCCAGCUCUCCUCUCGGCCGCUGCCUGGCGCCGACACGAGCCGAAAGCGUGUCCGACUCCCACCUGUACGAGCAUCUCUCCACACACCACCACCACAGACAGAAAGCCGCACUCAGCUGGGACCCGUACUACCGGCAGCCCCCCCUGCCCCCACCCAGGUACGAGUCCUCCACCUAUCAGAGCCUGCCGGACACGCGGCAGUCAGCCUGGCACGCCCCGCCGUGGCCACCGGAGGGCUACGCCCAGCACCACUCCUCUCACCCAGCCCUCCACCCGUCACCCACACAUUACCUCAGCCACCCUCCUCCUCCUCCUCACUCCCCCCACCCACCUUACAGCUCCCACCUGACACUUCCCUCCCACGCUCCUCCACCCUACGUCCCGCAGCACCCCGAGUCCCCGGCGCACGGCCGCUACGAGGACGUGAGGGAGAAGGUGUACAUAAACCUGUGCAACAUCUUCCCCUCAGAGCUGGUGAGCCGGGUCAUGGCCAGGAACCCCCACAUCACGGACCCCCAGCAGCUGGCUGCUGCCAUCCUCGCAGAGAAAGCUCAAACUGGCUACUGAAGAGUCAGACCUGACGUCUGCUUUGAAAGCACCUGGAGACUCCAUCUUGUAAGAUGCUGAGCUAUCCAGCAGGAGAGCUGUCUGUGAGGAGACCCUUAAACCUAAAGACAUGACGAUAAUCAAAGAUUUAGUUCUGCUCACUGUGCAGCAACAAUCUAACAAACACGUUUGACUCUGACCUCACACCAGAUUCAAACUUUCACACUUUGUUUUCACAAAAACCUCCUCCUGACUUUUCUACUUUCUAUCAUUUGUAAGUAUUUAAUAAGACUGUCACAAACGUGGCUGUGAUCAUUAAUCUACAACUCCUAAUCUGGCUGCGUCAUAAAACUACAGUUUGACUUUGUUCUGGUCAUAAUAAUCUUUAUAUGUGUUGUGUGGACUGUGGAAGAGGAUUAGAGACAAGGGUCCAAAACAGAAAUCUGACUUAAUUCUUAAAAAUGGGAAAAAAAUCUGAAUUCUAAGAUUUAAGUCAAAGUAAUCCUCUUCUGUAGUGGAAAGUUUUUCAUGGAUGUUGGAGCUCGUCUUCCUCUGAGACGAAGAGUUUUAGUUUUAUUUUUCAGGUCAGAGUUGUUGCUGUAGAGAUGGGUGACCCUGUCGUGUGUACCUUAGUUUUAGUAAGGGACAUCUCUCCCCCCGCCCCCUUUAURGUGGGUCGCCUCUGGUUUCUGCUCCAGACGCAGCGUGACUGAACGAAGCAUGAGCGUCCUGUAAAUAUAUUUAACCCUUUCCUCCGCUGUGCUUUUUUUUUUUUUUAGGUAACGGCGUCCGCUGUUUUCUCUAGCAGAUCCCAGCUGAAUCCAUGCUAGAUGGAGAAAAACCUUGUUUGAUACAAAUUGUAUCAUGAACUAAAGUCGCUGAUGUUCUAUACAGUACAUGGACUUGUUGAUCCGUAUCUUUUAGACACUUUUGAUGUAUCGCUGUGUGUUCAAAUCCAAAUGUUUCAACUUUUAAAUCUUGGAAAAAAACAGCUUUGAAACAAUUAUUUUAAAUGUUUCAAACUAAAAGAUUUGGACGCCUACUUUGUUUAGGUAACAACUGCUUCAUCUGCGCUUCUGGCUUUUAAGCUGGCUUUAUUUUAUAUAUUUAUAUAUAUAGUAACUAAUUCAAUCAGACAYUAAGUGUUUAUUUAAUGUAACCAAGUAUUUAAAUAUAAGGACAAAUUUCCACCUUUUGACAGUAAAUUUUGAUUUUAAAAAGGGAACAUUAAUGGAUUCAUUUCCUUCAAGUUUUAAGCAGUGGUGAGCGGAACUAGCUUCGCAUUUAGCAGAUUGGCUGUUUUGCUAAUUUUGGAAUCAGAGGACUGGUUAGCUUCUGCUAAAUUAGGUUUCACUAAUUUAAAGUUUACUAAAAAGGGUUACAAGUGUGAAUAAAUUUAUUGGGGUUUGUUUACUUAAACUUCUAUUUAGUUCCAAUUAUCCUAAAUUAAAUAAAACCUAUCCCRUCUUACAAGCAYUGAUGUCAGGCACUGUUUGUAGCAUGUAGCAUCUUUAGCAGCUAAACUUAAUUAGCCACAAAUAAUCCCACCCCUCUUCCAACUAAACCAAUAAAACACUAAACUGUGUCAGUCCKACCAGUCCUCAACAGGAAGGAGGUGAAAACCUGACACAGGCUGAGCGACAGUUGUCUUAGCGGUUAGCGUUAGCUUCCACUAAUAUUUUUUAUCAGUUUAGUACUAGCGGAGCUAAGAUUCUUGUUUAGCGGAUUAGUGMUUAGUGAAGCUAACGUUUUGGUUAGAUGUGCCCACCACUGCUUUUAAAUCAUCAACCAGGACCCCAGACAUUCUUGUAGAUUGUGUAUUUACUGUUUUUCCUAGUUUUGUUGAUACGAUCAGAAAUUUCUCCGUGUUGACCAAUAAUUAUUGGCCAAGAUAUACAAGAAAGGUCAAAUUUAGUCUGAUUGUAAUUACAUAAAAUUUGAUUGAAAUAUACAGUUUUGCUUCAAAAUGUAAGGUGAUUUAUUAAAGUUUACUUAAAAGUGACAAACUUCAUUAAAUCACUAAAUUUCACUAAAUCUUAAUGUCCCACAUUAAAGGUUUGAUUGUUUUUUUACAGGCUGGAUUAGUGAGAAUAAAUUAAAAGCUAUCUGCAUUUCUGGCAAAAACAAUAUAGUCCAUAUUGUACCGCUUUUGGAAAUUGGCAAAACAUUGAGAGUUUAACAAUUAGCAGCUCAUUUAAUGUUCUGAAAGCUCAAAUAAAAAAACUAAUGCUUCUGUUAAUCUCUUUAACAUAAAAAACCUUAGAAUAAACCUUAUGAAAAGAGAGCGCACAAGUCCAAGAAGCAGAGUUAAAAAAACUAUUCGUACAAUAUUUAUUUUACAAUAUACAAUAUUUAUUUUUAUAAAUAAGUACUUUCCCUCAGCACUUGGAAUAUUAGUAUGCUCUAAAGAGACAUAUCUGGUCACUGAAUGUCCUAUUUUGAAGUUUUCCAUUUUGUACUUAAGCAGGUUGUUUAGACGAGUUAAAGUAAAAUGAAGCCAGGUGAGCCUCAACGCAGUACAGUUUGAGUAUUAGUAUGAUGCAUAAAUGGUUUAUUAAUAAUCUGUUACGUUGMUACUCAGGAUGCUGAGGGUAAAUAUGAAGCUCAAAYUGGCCGCCGACUCCAUAAAAUCCAGGGUUUGUUCGUUAAAGCCAGCUUUAGCUACAUGAAAGCCCUGAGGCUUCCUUCCUGUCCAACGUGACACGUUGUACAAAAACAUGAAGAAGUACGAUAAAAACGUGCUGUUAAUGAGGGAGAACUUGUGUUUUGAAGUAGUGCCUUCUCUCCGGUCCCCUGGCACCGUGUGUCAGUGUGGCCCCUGAGCGUGGGCCCAAAGUAAUGCCUCUUCGUGGCAUUGUGCUUAUGACACAUCCAAUACUCUGAACUAUGUUCAGCUAACUAUUAUGCAUGAGUUGUUGUUUUUCCUUGCAUGGGUUCUUGUGUUUAGUCUGCAUUAGUUGUCUUGUUAUCUGAACACGAUGCUUGUUGUGAAAAUGUCUGUAUGUUUAUGUAGUAAUUCUGCACGAGGGCUGCACAGUGUUGAAAAAACUUGCAAUAAACCCACAUUUUCCUCGCUGUCAUCUAAACCAGGUGUAGUUCUACAAAUGUACGACCCAUGCUACCAAAACAAGUUGGAAUGAGCACUGGCUGCAACGCAAAAUAAAUAAAAUAUUAAUUUGUGUGUAAAAAGUUAUCUAUAAAGACACCAUCUAGCAAUCCUGAUAAUAUCCUAAUAACCCUAAACUACCAUUAAAUCAGAGUUUUUAACAGGACUGUCUUCACAAAACUGACCUUUUUCCUCUGACCGCUGCCACAGUACUUGGAAAUCCCAUCAUGUACUGGUCAGCAUCAUCAUGAAGUUGGGGGAUUCCCCUUUUUAAAUUGGAAAAAUCAUUCUGGAAAUGACAUUGCCCUGAACCAAAAAUGCAAUUAUGUAAUUUCCCUUUGGGAUCAAUAAAUUAUUUUUAAAUUGAACAUGAAACAGACACUUGUGAACAAAACUAGCUGCUUAUGAAUUGGUAAAUCUCAUCAAACUGUGUGUCAUUUUGAAGCUUUUGAAGUUUGAAAGUGUAAUUUAUUGUGGUUCAAUUGGUUUACGAUGAUCAGUUUGUAAUAUUGUGCAGUCCUACUACCUCUAACUGCAGUGUGAUAAUAUACAGACUGUAGAUAUUUAAACCUGUUUACUCUAAUAGAAGAAUAAAUCAAUGUUUCACCUGUUUUCUMUGUUGUCACUAGACUAACUACGUAUUGUGAUAAUCCAAUAAAGACAAUAUACUGCUGUAAAACAA